UUGCUAUCCUUAUAUCAUUGUCCAUAAGUCCCAUCUUUUUAUUUGUUAGUCUCAAUAAGUGACCACCAAUCUUAUGUCUUCCAUUUACCAACCUUAUUUACGAUCAAAUUGAUCUAGAAUGGGUAAAAAAAAAAUUUGUGUAAUGUAACUAAAAUGGGUAUCAAUAGUUUGUGUGCAGUGAUUUCCUUCUUUGUCGUCGCCAAGUGAAUCUUUGUCUCGCUCUAUACUUUUUGUCUUUCUCUUUUAAGUGAUAUUUUUUUGUUGGAACCUGAUGCAUGUAACUAAAAUGUAAAAGCGGAAAUUUUACUUUGUCUGAGCUUAGUUUGCUUAAUAAUGGUUCGGGGUUUUUUCGUGCAGGACAAUAAACGAGUAGUCUAGUUUUGCUUGGAAGAGAAUGAGAGCUUGCAUUUUGAAUUUAUGAGGGAAGCAUGCACUUCUGCUGCAUUUUCAAAGGAGCAAGCUAGUGCGCUGGUGUUGCCCACUGCCAGAUUUAUCAAUUCUUGUGAUAAGGUGCAAAUUCAAUUGGCACCUGAGAAAUUGGUAAGUGUUUGCAGGAGGUUCAAAGAUCAUGUUAUGCAGCUUGAAGCCCCAUUGAGAGGAGUGGCACCAAUGUUGACGUGCCGAAUGCCCAUAAAUGACUCUUUUUCCUUUUGUGUAGGGAAGACGUAAAGGUGCAGUAUCUUCACUUAAGGUUUAAGCCUCUUUGUAAGUGUUAAGAUGUCAGUUUUAUGCGCAUUGCACUAUUAUAUGAAAGCGCUAACAAAUAAUAAUCCCAAUAGAUAUGUAUUCCGUUAAAUUAAUAAAUUUACUGCUAGCAACUUUUGAGCUA